GUCUGUGAGCGAAUAUGGACAGGAUUCGUGCAAGAUUUCGCGGAGUUAAUGCUGAGACAGUGUUUCUGUCUCACUAUGAGCCGCCGGAUGGGUCGCAGUCUGGUCGUCGGCGACGGGUCGUCUUCGAGAAGGUGGUUGGGAAUUUGCUCUUGUGGCGUGCAGUCUUCACCGAAUGCCUAGCGGUCUUCCUCUUCGUGUUCUUGGGGACUGGGUCCUCGGUGGCCUGGCCAGGAGCCAAUGCUCCCAGCAACCUCCACAUCUCGCUGUCCUUCGGCCUGGUCAUCGGUUCUCUUGUGCACUGCUUUGGUGAAGUGAGCGGGGCGCACCUCAACCCUGCCGUCACGCUGCCGCUCGUUGUGUACCGAGAGCUGAGCGUGGUGCGCGGGUUGCUCUACAUUGGCGCUCAGUGUCUUGGCAGUUACCUGGGCGCGGCCUUGCUCCGAGCGGCCACGCCUGCGGACCCUCGGUACAACGCAACCCUGGGAUGCACCUUGCUUGGAGAGCACAUUUCAGUAGGACAGGGGUUUGCUGUGGAGCUGAUUGUCUCGCUCCAGUUGAUUUUCACUGUGUUCAUGACGACAGAUCCACAAAGAAAAGACGACAGAAUCUCACCUGCGCUGGCCAUAGGUGUUUCUGUGGCAGUUGGCUUACUAAUCGCGGUUCCAUUCACUGGCGCCAGUAUGAAUCCGGCACGGUCCUUUGGCCCAGCCUUAUCAGCGGGUAAUUGGAGUAAUCACUGGGUGUACUGGGUUGCUCCGCUCUUGGCCGGUUUGAUAGCCAGCACCGUCUACCGUCGGCUCUUCGCUCCGGGCACCCUCACCCAGAAGCAGACCCAGGCCAACCAGCGACAGGUUCAGCGUGUUGAGGAGGAAAGUGACACGGGCAGCACGCUCGAGAACACUCUGGGGGCCGCAGACGAGAGAGUUGCUCUGACCUCGCCUGCCGUUGCACUUAACAACAAUAAUAUCCUCUCUGGUUCGCACAUCAUCACUGAUGUUUAGCCCUUAUGAUGUUUUUCCUGGAGAAUCAAUCAUGAGAGAAUAAGGGAAAUUAAAGAAUGACAGAGAGCAUUUUCCAUUAAAACGACUGCCUGUUUCAUGAAAGAACUCCACACUACAAUCGUGCUCUUUUCUGCGUGGCUUAUGAGUAGUGAAACGUCUGUUUAAAAAUGAUUACUGUCUGUGGGAUUAGUACUGGACUUCCGUCAGCCGAUUUUCUCCAACAAAGGUUGGUUACGAGAGACGGGGCGAAUCGUACAAAUUCUUAUCUGGUUUCAACUGCCACGAUGAAUAAAUUCCUUGUUCCGAUUGAUCCUGCAGAUAUAGAAAAACUGAAGAGUGGAGCUUAAGAUAGAAGGCCCCAGCUUGUUGGAAAUAAAGCGAAAGUUAACUUCAUUCAGAGACGGCAAAUAUAUACGAACGAAAUGUUCAAGGCAAGCAUCCUGGGCAUGUAUUGCGUUAUUUGCUGAUGUGUGGACGCGUAUACGCUUCGAUCGUAAAAGUUGCGUUUUCUUCCUAAAGCUAGUCGAAAUGAGGAUUACAGUAUACAGUGGAAUUAUUAUUGAGUUGUUGUUUUUGUGGCCUCGCUGUUCUUCUAUUCUUAAUUUGGCGCAUUCUAAACCUUUUUGUAUUUGGUUGUGUUGUUUUUGAGUAAAGUGUUUGGAAGAAUUAAGAAGGUCUUAAUAGAGCUAACGGAUAUUUUAUUAGUUCAAGUAAUGAUUGCAUGUUUGAAGGUUAUUUUCUUGAUGGCUUAAUUGCUUUUGGUUUUACUUUCGAUUGUUUCGAUCUGAUUUCCUCUGCCUUUGAGUUGAAUGGAUGAGAGUGCGAUAUUGUUAUUAUUAUUUAUUCAUGCCAAUUCUUUUUCAUCACAUACAAGAUGGGCAUUGGAGAGGCGAAAGCGAUAACAAUCACUGUGGCCAAAGACCUGCCACUCCACAUCAAGUUGUGUAUAGAGUAAAUAACUUUAAAUAAAUAUACUUAUAUAUAAAAGUAUUUGAAGCCAAAAGUUAGAGCUUAAAAAUAUUUAAACGUAAAAAGAAAAGGGAUCACUGGAAAUGAUCAAAGAUAUAAGCAAUUAAAUAUAAAAUUUAAUAAGUUAAAUGAAUAAGCAAUUAAUAAUAAUGACACAAUAAAUAAGGACAUAAUAAAUAGUUUAAAUACAAAAUAAUACCGUGUAAGAGAACAGUAGGUAAGUGUACAAUAAAUGUAAUGAAAGUGUAAAGGAUAAUUGGCAAACAGGAGGCUGAAAUAGUACUUAAAAUGAGAAGACGAACUUCUGCUCCUCAUCAAGGUAAGAGUACAGUAAAUACAUAAAAAAUAUAGGUAAGAAUAUAUAAAAAUAAAAAUACAUUAGAACAUAUGAAUAUUCGAUAUAAAAGAAAUAACAGGAGAUGACUCGCUGGAAAUGAAUAAAAGCAGAAAUAAAAAAGG